ACCUUGUAUCUCAAGACCCAUAGUAGGUGGGAACUUCACCUUCACACAGAGUUUGCCCCCAAUUACUUUUCUUCACACCAGCUACUAGAAAGUUUAAAUUCCAAAAUUUCUUGUGCAUGCUGAGCAAGAAAAGCCCUAGCUAGGCUCAACGUCUCAAGAUCUCUCUUGCACCUUCAUCACUCAUCCAUCGUAACCCCUCGUGCAUCGGAUCUCUUGAUAUUAUUUUAUCCCCAAAACAAAAAGGUUUUGAAAAGUGUCAAGACCUAAUCAAUAUAAGCCAGACAAGCCGGGCAAAACCCUAAAAAGGAAAUUUGAAAGAUCAUCACAUCAUGACAGCAGAGCCAAAGGAGGAAUUGCCACCAGGGUUCAGAUUUCAUCCUACGGAUGAAGAACUUAUCACCUUCUAUCUCAUGAACAAGAUAAAUGAUGCCACUUUUACUGGAAGGGCGAUCGCCGAUGUUGAUCUCAACAAAUGCGAACCCUGGGAACUUCCUGCAAAAGCGAAAAUGGGAGAAAAGGAGUGGUACUUUUUCAGCCUACGAGAUCGAAAGUACCCAACGGGAGUGAGAACAAACCGAGCAACAAACAUAGGUUACUGGAAGACCACAGGAAAAGACAAGGAGAUCUUCAACAGUGUCACAUCUGAGCUAGCUGGGAUGAAAAAGACCCUUGUUUUCUACAGAGGCCGAGCUCCUCGUGGCGAAAAAUCCAACUGGGUCAUGCACGAAUAUCGGAUUCAUUCUAAAUCCGGCUUUAGAACAUCCAAGCAGGAUGAGUGGGUGAUUUGUCGAGUCUUCCAAAAGAGUGCAGGUAUAAAAAAGUACCCAACGAACCAAUCAAGAGCGGCCAAUCCCUACAACCUAGAAAUAGGUCCAAGUAUGGUACCAUCACCCCUAAUGCAGCUAGGUGAUCCAAACCACCAUCAGUUCCCCUAUGGCAGAAAUUACAUGACUAGCGCUGAGAUGGCAGAGAUUUCAAGAGUCUUAAGAGGCGGCGGAUCAUCAAGUAGCACUGUUAACCUACCAAUCCAACCCCAGUUCAAUUACCCAAUUGGUGGAGGAGGUGGUGGUGUUGGAGGAGGAGGAGGGUUUACAAUAUCUGGGUUGAACUUGAAUCUUGGUGGCCCAGCAUCACAGCCUAUGUUGAGGACAAUGCCACCACCACAUCUGCAUCAUCAAGGCCCUCCAUCUAUGAAUCAUCAUCCUCAAGUGCAAGAUGUUACUAAUACAGCCAUGAUGAACGGUCCAGAUCAUCAAGGUGGAUAUGGAACAAUAGACAUGAACAACAACAACGCAAAUGGUGGGAGUGGAAACAGGUUUAUGAACAUGGAGCCUUGUGUUGAUCUUGAUAACUACUGGCCUCCCUAUUAGGGUACUUAAGAGUAUCAACUAUCUAGUAUUCUCAAGGCCAAUUAAGUUAGCGACAAGCUUGAUUAUUAUUAGUUAUUGUUAUGCUUUAGGUAUAAAAUCGAUUUACAUGUCCUUCCCAGUUAGGGUAAUCAAGAACUAUGAACCCAGCAACUAUAGUCCUAUGAAUUAGAGUCAAGUGGCUACUCUCGUUCAGAAACGUUUCAUCUUGUUCAAUCUACUUCCGUCAUUUUAAUGUCUUUCAACAAUUAUUAAGCUUAAUUAUAAAGUUGGUUUUGCCUUAA